GUCAAUCAAUAAUAACACCAGACUAUAGAUUUAAAUGUCUGUGUUGAUAGAAUAAUGUUAGAAAUAAAACGAACCUUGCAUCGCAUGAAUCAUCGAGGGACUACUUUCUCAGCAGCAGCGGAAUUUUACUUUGCGCCAGUUAGUUUUGUAACCGAAUCACGACCGGAGAAGCGUGGGACAGAAGCACAAUUGAACGAGUAGGCAACAUGGUGGUUCAGUGUGCUUUCAGAAAUUGUACAAAUAAACCCAACAGAUGGUCAACGCAAAGUUUCCACCAAUUUCCAACCCGAGACCCAGAAAGGACAAAACUGUGGCUUGUUGCUGGAGGCUUGGACAUAAAAACACCGGCGGAAACUGCGCGCAAUUGGAAGAUUUGUAGCGAUCAUUUCAGACCGGACGACUUUGAGAAACCAAGCAACCUCAAGAGCAAGGCAUCGCUGAAGUCGAAUGCGGUGCCAUCCGUCUUUUCAGAUGCACCAACAGCCACUGGUGAACAGGUGACCCACAGUGCAGCAUCAGGCCAGCCGAAGGAAAUCCAAAUGCCAUCAGCACUAGAAAAAACAGUAGCUGAAGAUGACAACCCACUGGAUCUGAGUAUGAGCUCAAUUGAGGCCUCUCCAAGUCGUCCAGUUGACAGUAGCUUUGUUCCACUAUUCAGCACAUCAAGCUCCUCCAGCUCUGACAUACCUGACAUACUCUCGGCUGCAGGAACCAAGAACUGGUCAGAAAAAAAAUGGAUAGUAAACGAGUCCAAGCUAAUGCAGCUCUUCACAACAUGCCAACAGUGUGGAGUGUUAAUUGAAGAGGAAGACAAGAAAGUGACCACUAGUGGGACCCGCAUACACAUCAAGUGGAGCUGUAUGAAAGGACACUCAGGUUCAACUUUCACGGAAAUCUUUGAUUGGGCUGAACUACUGAAUCUCCAAAUUCCAAAGAAGACUACAUUUUACUCCCUGCAAUCCACCUACCUCAUACCAGUGAUUGAGUAUGCAUACCGUGACCAUCACGAAGAGAUGAUGAGCAAUCUACAACUACAGACAGUUGGUGGAGGGAUUUCAAUCUGCGGUGAUGGUCGUUCUGAUUCACCUGGAUUUAGUGCCAAGUACACUACAUACAGUUUCAUGAGUAAUGCAACACAGGAAAUCAUCAUGGUGGAUUUAGUUCAGGAGUUGAAACGCCGCUGGAUGUCCGUUCUCCAUCACAUUUGUGGCAUACAUCGCUGGGAGGAAGACGGACAGGAGAGGACUUGCUACCACCGGGACCUCACUGAAGAGCAGCAGAGAAGGAAGAAAUGGCUGCAAACCGACUCUGCUGCAUUCCAGACACUGUCGGACCACGUACUGAACAAGAACCUGUUGAAAGACCUCAACCACAUGACUCUCUUCCAACAUACAGGAGCCCUGGAGGUGUACCACAGUGCAAUGCUGAAGUACACUGAAAAGAGGCUUCACUUCGCCUACAGCUCUAUGAAGGCACGCACCCUACUCUCUGUGAUGGACAACAACGAGAAUGUUGGCCGUCAACAAGCAACGACCAGUGAUGGGACUCCGAGAUACAAUUUGGUUUUUCCCAAACAAUCUAAAAGAUGGGUUGCCAGGAAGAGGUACGAGCCAACCAGGCAGACAUUCAGGAAGGAUUUGGUGGAGCGGGUCCUGGAAAGGCGCAUGGAUCCUACUGUGAAGUUUGCAGAUCCACAUUUUUAUAUCCAGCAACCAGCUACUAUACCCGACAACAUAGCCACCACUCCAAGACCGGACAAAGAUCAAAGUAUUGCAGAGCACGUCUCCCGUUUUAAAACAUGAUUAAAAGGGGAAAAUGAAAGUCUAACUGGAGUUUAGUGUGGUGCUAAAUACUGUCUGCAAACAUUAGUAAAAAGACAAAAAGGUCAACAGCAAAACAUUUAUUGAACCAUAUACGCGUACAUUGUUGUUAAAAUGUUACCGUAAACAAUCGUAAUGUCAUCUGUAACCAAAUGUAUGUCUUCUUUUUGUGUUUGAUAUAAAGGAUUUGUUGAAGUAGCAAAUGUUUUCUAGUAGACUACAGUAGUGUUGUGUUCAAAACAAUCUCAGAGCAUCUUGUGCUUCCCUGAAUCCAACAUAUUGUCCAGCGGCCGAAGGGUAUUUGUUUCGGAUGCUGGUCACUACACAGGAUGGAAGAACACGUCGGUUUUCUCUUCCCAGCUGUGUUCCUUUCAACCCCCACUCAAGAACGAUUCUGUAAGCCACCAAUCGGUACUGCCUAAAACAAGAAGGAAUACAAGUUAGCUUUUGGGAGCAGGCUCUUACAAAAGACAGCUAAACUAUGGUAAUGGCACACAAAGACAAUGGCCCUACUGCUGUUCAUGGUGGUAGACUGAUUUGCUGAAUUGAUCAGGCUAAAAAGCCUACGGCCUAUGUCUAUAUAGUAAAAAAAUUGUCCAAGCAAGUCACGCUUGUGUAUUUCAUUUUUGCCUUUAGUCCUGGUAGGACCUUUUUAACCAGAGCAAUAUUGUAAUUAAGAAACUUCUUAGUUAAUAAAAAAUAAUAGCUGGCUAGAUAUUCUAAGCUUUCUCCAUCAGCCACUCUUUAGACGGAGGCUGUGGUUGUAGGCCUGCAUCAAUGGUAAAGAGCCUAGCCUAUAAUAAAGCAGACUUGGAGUCCAUGUAUGAACAUACCAUGUAUAAUAUUUGAUUGAUUGCACUUUAAUAAAUCAAUUAAAUUAUUAUAUAUGGUAUGUUCAUGCAUGGCAACACACAAUUACAUUUUGUUUGGAUUGCACACUUACAACAUUGACAACUGGCCGUUGGGUCCAGCAGGUCUGGGUCUUCUUUUCUAAUUUAUUUUAUCAAAGGAGAAGAAUGUUU